AUGACUCGCGCCACCAACUUUACUGAGCUCUACGCAGGCCAGGGAAUUCUGGAUACCUACAUGGUCGCGGAAAAGAUUACCCGCUAUUUUACUCACGAUCUGAUAGAACUCUCAGGGCUGAGUGAGUCUAGCCUACGGCCUUUGGUGAUCCUCGACCUCGCCUGCGGAACGGGUGUAGUCUCUGAUGCCCUCCAUGACAUGUUAGAUUCCCAGUCACAAGAAGGCUGGGAGCUGACCUGUGGUGAUAUCUCAACUGAGCUCACCGGCCAUGUGAAGCACAAGAUUUUGGAGCGAGGAUGGGAUAAUUCGACCGCCAAGGUGGUGGAUGCGCAAAACACCGAGCUUCCUAGCGGACAUUAUACUAACGUUUUUGCGGCCCUUGCUUUUACCUCCUUCCCCGAUACCUAUGCUGCAAUGAAAGAGGUCAUGCGGAUUCUUCAGCCAGGGGGAACGCUUACUAUUUCAACUUGGCAGCGAACCGAAUGGCUUCCUGUCCUUGAGGCCGCUGUUGCCACAAUCCCGGCAGAUCUACCAUUCCCAACCACCAAGGAGUUCAUGUCCUGCAUGAACCCAGGAUGGGACUCAGAGGACUAUGUGCACUCUAGGUUCGAGGAGGCAGGGUUCGAGAAAGUCCAAGUCACGACAAUCUCGAAGCAGUUUGAAACAACUAUCGAGGACUUGUACAAAAUUGCACAGCCCGUGAUUCCUAUCAUUGUCAGUAAAUGGUGGAAUCAGGAACAAAGAGAUAAGCACGAACAGGACAUCCUGCCAGCACUUCAGCGGUAUUUGGAUGAGACUUAUGGAGCUAGUGGCCUGGUGCCGCAGAAGUGGACUGCUGUUUUUGCAACCGGUCAGAAGUCAUCUUAG